UCUUUGCUUCCCUCCCUUUCUUCUUUAACAUAAUAAUUUUAAACCCUAUCUUUUCUUCUUUUUCUUCUUCUUCUUCUUUUAAAUUGAUUGGACAGCUUAAUUCUAAUAUAUAUAUAUAUAUAUAUAUAUAACACCUCCCAAGUUCUUUGGCAUCUCCAUUAAACUAACCCAUCACUAAGCUCCAUUAAAAUGGCCACCUCUGGUAAGCAAAGAACCCUCACCGGCGCCGGAGAUCUAAUCAGAAUCCUCCCGACCGGCACCGUCUUCCUCUUCCAAUUCCUCAGCCCAAUCCUCACCAACAGCGGCCACUGCAACUCCUUCAACAAAUCCCUCUCUCUCAUCUUCAUCCUCUUUUGCGGCCUCUCUUGUUUCCUUUCCUCUUUCACUGACACCUACAUCGGCCACGACGGUGCCAUCCAUUUAGCCUUUGCCACCCCAUCCGGACUCUGGCCGGCCCCGGCUCCGGCCUCCGUCGACAUGUCCAACUAUAAACUCCAGCUGGGAGACUUCGUCCACGCUACCCUAUCGAUAGCUGUGUUUGCAGUCCUAGUCGUGCUAGACUCCGACACGGUGCGGUGUUUCUUCCCAAGCCUGGUGGCGGAGGAUAAAUUGUUGGUCCAGGUUCUGCCACCAGUGGUCGGAGCGGUGUUUGUUAUGUUCCCUAAUACUCGCCAUGGGUUUGGGUAUCAUUCAACUGCAACUUCCAUUGGAGUUCAAAAGGCUGCAUUAAGCUAAAAUCUCUAAUUGUAAUAUCUCUUCCGCCGUCCUUGAUACCUCCUCCUCUAUAUCCUCAUCGUCGGCAUUCAACGGUUUGCAAGAUAUAUGUAUGUAAUGUGAUUUCAUAAAUACUUAAAGUGUUUUUAUAUAUUUCAAUAUUUAUUUUGUGGGUAAA